CAACUAAAAAUGGCGGACGGUGUUGAGAUAGCUGAGAGAAAGUCGUGUGCAUUUUUCUUAAAAAGAAAAAAUCGCUUUUGUCGAAUGACGGUUGGAGGAGGAAGGAGAUAUUGCGGAGAACAUAUGGUCGUUGCAGGAGAGGCUGAAGUAAGGAACCUUUUUUAUUUUUGAGACAUUGUUUUGGUUCUACGUACAGCUUCAGUACAAGCUUGUAGCAGUGUGUUUAAUAUUAAAAAUUACUAUAAAUUUAACGUUCUUUAAUUAAGUUAAUUUCUUUUAUGGUUAAUACAGGUGGAUGGUCGUAAAAGGAUUACGUGUCCUCUGGACAAGAAACAGUAAGAAUUAAAGGCUAGCUUGAUGUAUUAAUUCUCGAAACAACUCGACAGAGAUGCCAACCUUAGUCCUCUGAGUAAAUCAGGUUCCUUUUUUUCUAUUUUGCACCCCUAUCUUUGGCUUAUUAAAAAGUGAUAUCUGCAUCCAGUGAUGGAUUUUCUGCUUAUUUGGGGGCAAAUGGGUCGGUAAACUUACCUGUGUUAUGAGGGUGGGAGGGGGGAUUUAACAUGUUUGGCCCAAUCUAGCUGAUCCGCAGCUGAGCUUGGAAGAACUCAAAGAAAUCGUGCUUGUGCUGGGGUGCAGGGUUGUCAUGAAGAUUUCAAGUUGCCUGGUAAAUACAACAAGUAGGCGGGGAAUCAAACAGCUAGGGAUAUCAGAUAUCUGUUGGUUUACCAAAAACUACCAACAAACAUACAGUGCAGGGUUGUCAUGAAGAUUUCAAGUUGCCUGGUAAAUACAACAAGUAGGCGGGGAAUCAAACAGCUAGGGAUAUCAGAUAUCUGUUGGUUCUAGUUUUCUUCUAUUUUCCAAUAAAAGUAGCCGGGAGCCACACUGAUAGAUGCUGGGGGAAAUCCCUGGCCACCCGGCUCUUAAUGACAGCCCUGCAUUGUAUAGAAACAAUUAUGUAUGCCCUUCUCAUGCAGGCUGGUUUAUAAUUUCAACCACACCACUUCCUUGCACUUCUAUGCAGCCGCUAUUUGUCAGAAACUCUUAUAAUUUUUGACAUCUGGCAAAGAAGUUCCUUCUCAUUAUUUUUUUUAUAUUAAUUGCAUUUAGUUAUAGUUUGCUGAAUGUGCAUUUUUCAUGAUAUCAUAGCACUGUUUAUGAAGAUCAGCUGGAGAGGCAUCUUAAGAAAUGCAAUCAAACAAAAAAGAUUCAUGUGGUAAGUUUGUGAAGAUUUACAAAUUACAUAUGUAUAUACUCCAUGUAGAUAAUAGACUAACAAUAUAACAGCAUCUUCUUUUAAAGAUGCAACCUACCAGUAAUAAGGCUCAAUAUUAUUUUCUGCAGUUUGUGCCAAUUAAUGGAAAAUUUCAGCCUGUAAUUUCAACAAACUUAUUGUAGUGGUAAAUUUUGUGAGAAGCCUUUGCAAGACAAUAAGUGCAGCCAUGUUAAUGGGCCACUGCAUUUCCGUGGUAACACAAUUUUGUAAGUACAUGUACAUAUAUGUAUAUGUAAAGAAGGAAACAAAACUUUUCAAUGUAACACUCUUGAAUUGUGGCCACAACCACUGCCAUUGCUGGUGCUUUCUUGUGAAGUUUUAUACUCAUCUCUCUGGUAACUGAAGGAACUAGUUCCCCUUGUAUGUUCUAAUACUAUACUGUACUUUGUUUACAAUCAAUGCUGUGAAAUAUGUCAACAUCAAAACCCCAUAUGAAGGGAUAUUCCAUACCUCUUAUAACGCUUAUUUUUGUGGUAGUUUCUCAUGAUAGGCCCAGUAUAUUUGUACUUUUUUUUUGUUACUUGUACCUUAUGUACAGCUUUAAUCUUCUGGAAGUUUGUAAUGGACAACAUACUACUUGCCCAUUUUCUUGUGUACAGUUACAAUUGAGUAGGACAUGUCUUUUCACUUGUUGUAGGUUUAUUACAGUGCAAACAUCAACUCUGGCAUUCCAAAUUAUGAAUUUUCCCCGGCAGAAAAGGUACAUUAGAUUUUGUGUUUCAGGUGUUUGUUUAUUAUAUUUGAGUUUACACAACAAUGGGACAGAUUAUCAUAGCUUGUGCUAUUUUGUAUCCAAAGGAGGGAAGUGUGGACGCUGUUGGAAUAUCUUUGACAUUCUUAGCCAGGGACAGAAAAGUCUAUAACCAGCCUAAACAAUAAACAAUCAAACAAGCAAACAAAAACAUAAGGAUUGAAAUGGAUUAGACAAAAAUGGUUUGUUUACUAAAAAUAAUAAUAUAUUUCUGGAUUCAACAAAGAUUUAACCCCAAUUUCAGUUAUUAUGGCACUUAUUUGCCUGCAUUUACCUUCUGUAAGCUGAGCUAUAUUUUUUUGUAUCUUCAGGUUUCAUUAAAUUCUGUUUCCCAAGAAAAAGUAACAAAAUUGAUAGAGAAAGUUAAGGCAUGCUGCAAAGGUGAAUAUUGUUUUUCAUGUAUUUUAAUAUAAACUGUUUGAAUGCUCAAAAGGGGUUUCUUCAUUCUGGCAUGAAAAAAAAAAAGGUGCAAAGACUGGAAGAUAAAGAAUAAAAACAUAUUUUUUAUUAUAGGUCAGGUCUUUUGCACAGCAUCUAACUUGGAAAAAAUAAAAAUAUUAUGUUAGGAAUGUGAUAUGUAGUAGAAUAUAAUUAUAUUUAAAAAUAAUGGUUUAUGGUCUCAGAGUUGCUAUUUUUCUUUUUCAAAGAUAAAUUUAAUUAUUUUUGUUUGUUUGCUUUAAUAUUAUUAAUUCUUUAAAUAUUUCCUUUUUUGAUUAAGUAUUGAAUCUAGAAAAAGUUCCUCAUGUUGUAUAAAACUGUUUAUUUGCACUCAUGUAUAUAAUUAGUCUUAAAUUAACAGUCUGAUUUUUGUUGGCAGCUCAUGUUCCAAAAAUUCCAGAAGAAAUACUUUCCCACCAGGUGUUUCAAGAAGAACUUUUAGAAAUGGCUAAUAAUGCUACCAUUUUGAAACAUUUAAAACAACAAGUAAGUUUUUAAGUAUUCAAUCUUUAUGCAUCACAUACUCUGUCAUUGCCACCAAAUGCCUUGUUGUGCGCAACAAGAGGAGCUCGCAAUCGUAAUCUCCAGGUUGUCAUGGUACAUAUGUGUUUGGACUUCCACUAAGAAUGAAUGGAAUGCACAAAACGCAAUUUGAUCAUGUGUUUCGACCUUCUAUCCCUUGUAAUCUGACCUGCGCGUGUUUUGACCAUCUGUCAUCUUAGGCAAAGCACAGUGUUGGAGCAAAAGAGUUUGGACCUCCGAUCAUUGUUGCUCGCUCUCCCUAACAUUUGGUUAUUACUAGUAAUAUAAAGACAUUUAUGAAAUUGUUGAUGGAUUGUGUGUUUUUGUCAGUUUUUUAUUAGAGACUUGAGAGAGAAAUGACAGAAAUCUAUUUUUGUCGGUUUAUUUUUUCACAAAACCCCACCCCACUUCCCAAUAUUGGAGCAAGCUAUUAAUGAGUCUUCCUUCCAUAGUUAGGUCCAGUUUUUGAUAUUAUUGAGUCACAUUUUUAAAAUUUAUUAUUUUGUACACAUCUUGACUGCAUUUCCUUGAUAAACAGGCCUCUCUUAUUGGUCAUUUGGAACAACAACAUCUUUUUGAGCCAAAAACAACAUUUUUAGAAUUUGGAGCUGGAAGAGGUCAGUUAGUUUCCCAAAAAAUAGCAUUACCGUAAAGAAUGUUGUUUGACAAUUAUUAUAUCAUGUAAGCUUUGUGGACAGUCCUUUCCUGUCAGUGGUACUGUUUAUUAUAUUGUACAAUGUACAAGGUGGUUCUAACUCUGGACAGUCUGUGGAUGAAGUCGUGAACUGUGACCAUUCAAAUGUACUGAAUAGAGCUACUGAACAACCUUUUUUUCAUUGCUGUUUAUUAUGCUGUAUAAGCUGGUACUAACUUCAAGUCUGUGAAUGAAAGCAUGAAUUGCGUUACUGAGCAGCACUUUGCUGUGGUGCUGUUAAAAGUAUGCUGUAUUUAUGGGAGGGAGAAGAAUAGUUUAGAAUGAUAUUAUUCUUUUAGUAGCUCAUCAUUUAACUUCUCCAUUAAUCUAGCCUAAUAAUUCAUCAUCCAAUAUUUUAUAUUUAAUAAAAACACCUUUUGUAGUGUAGAGUCUGAACAUUGUUUGUUUGUAGGAAAACUGUCUCACUGGCUACAGUUGGCAGUAGGAAAUAAUGCUACGGAUGUAAAUUAUCUUCUUAUUGACAGAGCAAAUAUUAGAUAUAAGGUAAGUGAAUACCAGUUUUUUAUUUGUGGAAAUUAUCUGGAGGGAUACUCUAUAACCAUUAUUUUUACCACUUUUCUUUAUACAAUCCCUCCGCAAAAUCAAUGUUGGUAGUUGUAAUAUGUUGUUAUACAAUAUUGACAAAGCAGCAAAAUGUCUUUAAAUCUAACCCUUUGGUUAACCAAUCACAACUUGUAUUUGUUAUGUUCAAGUACACUGAACUGUAAACAAUCCUAGAAAAAGUUAAUGCCAAAUGAUAGUGCUCAGUGUCCUGAAAGUUUUUGAAGGGAAGCAUUAGGUGAGUCUUAUGUACUUUUAACAUGAUAACUAUUUUCUUUUCGUGUCGUUAGUACGAUCGUUAUCACAGAGGCGAGGAUCAAGGCCCAUCCUUCCAGCGAUUGAACUUGGAUAUUGAACACCUUGACCUUAGUGAGAACACGAUCAAAUAUAUAGCAAUGUAUAUCAAAGGUUUUGUGAGGAAAUGUCCAUCAGUAGUGUAUUAAUAACCAACAUUUUGUGCAAAUUAAUUUUUUUAAUAACAACAGGAAUGGUUAGGUGUUGCUAUAGCAGAUGUUGUGCAAAAGAGAACCUUGCCCCAAGUAAGGGAAUCUGGAUUCCAGAAUUGGUGAAAUUUUUGCUUGUGGAAUCUGGAACCCUGGGCUUUGGAAUCUGGAAUACAGCUCAAGGAAUCUGGAAUCCCGCUAACUAUUGGAAUCCAGAAUCCAAGUUGCACUGACAAAGACCGGAAUCCAGUACCUGUAAUGUGGAAACAGUGGCGUGAAAUCCAGAAUCCAAGACGGGCGUGGAUUCCCUUACAUGGGGCGAGGAUAUGAGGCUAUAACUUGAUAUUGACUUGAAAUAAUUUAUGUACAACUGGGUGCUCUGUUAAACAAAAUGUUUUGUAUUACAGUGCCUUAAUGAGCUACCUUGGUGAAUGCCAAUAAUGUAUAAGCAAAACAGGAAUACAAGCUUACAUUUGCUAUUUUAGUGAUAAAUCAUUGUGAUUUUGUGUUGCAGGUAAAGUACCUUGCCUUAAAAAUAGAGAACAAAACAUUGUUGCAAUCAGUAAACAUUUAUGCGGAGCUGCUACAGGUAAGACAUCCAUUCGAGGAUCCCUUUGAGGGUGGCCUCCCAUAAAACAGUUCUUUUGGUUGUCACACAACACUCCUUUUCAUAAAGCGUUGUGUGUCGAGCUGAAGAUUCCCUGUGAACUGAAGGAGACCACUUGUCAUAGAGCUUUUCCUUUGUGAUGUACAGAAAUUAUUACAUAGGGUCAGAUAGUUCGUGUGGAGCAGUUGCUUGAAACAGUGUGUUACUAUGAAAUCAUUAAUCAAACGAACUGAAUUGGAGCCGUUUGAUUUGUUUAGUGAUAGCGAGCACUCAGAGCAAUGCCAAAGGACUGGGAACUAAGAGGUUGCUGUCCUCUUUGGUUUGACAUCAGAAACUUUUCUGCAUUUAACAUACAUGUAUGUUACAGAAAAUUCUUCCUAAAAUUACUCUUUCUUUUAAUGCUUUAAUGGUGUACUCCUGAAUCAGUUUUCACUACUAUACCCCUACUAUCUUAAUCUGCUAGUGUUAUAGCAGUACCAUUGGGAUCCACUUCUUCUACUCUUUGGGAAGAAUGGUGUGAUUCUUUCGCGUCUCACAGGGGCCAGAUUGGGUCUGGGUGUUUCGUCCUUAUCUGAAAACUAUAUCAAUGUCUAACCUCCUUAGAGGUGAAACGAAAGGCAGCACAUUCUGUUCAGUUAUUUUAAGACCUUAGUAUGGGUCUGGCCAGCAAUUGCCCAGGCUUCACGCCGCCUCUGAAGUUUGGUACUCAAUUAAUAAGCUCAAUUAUUGAGCUAACAGUCGGUGGUGGAAAAGAUGAUCAACUGAGCUAACCAGUCGUCAGAAUAAUAACAACAAGACAAAUUCUUGCUUGUCGUAGAUUUAACUCUGAGAUGCUUGAUGGAGACAUUGAUAAAUUCUCAGAACACAGAAGUCAGCAGCCCAAGUGCAGAAGACAGUUUUGUUGACCGGUGAGUACCCUGUUGACUGUCUUUGUCUACGUACUCCAGAUUGAACUGGAAUUGGAAAUGUUGAUUUUCGAGGAGAGUAAAUAGUUAACCAAACCCCCUGGAAAGAACCAUCGAAGCAAGGGUGAGAACCAACAAAAUAAGUCAUGUACACUGCAUGGCGUCGACAACUAAACUCAUGGUUCACUGCACAAGCACAUGCUCUGCACAGAGUUCAGUAUAUUUCAACUGCCUACAUCUACAUUUAUUAACUGACAACGCUUUCGCAUCAAGGCAAUAUAAAUUAAAUAAAUUACAAUAAUCAGAAAUACAAUAAUAGAAUGAAGAUGAAUUACAAAUAGAAAUAAAAAAUAAAAUCAUUUCUUAAUAAAUUAAAAUAUACAUAUAUAUACAAAUAAAUAAGAUAAAUAAUAAUAAAAAAGAUAAAUAGACUACAGCGAUCAAUCAUUUCUAACAGCUGAGAAACAAUGAUCUUUAAAUAAUGAAAAAUAACGUAACGUUCCGGAAAAUACACCAAAUAACGGCCCUUGUUACUUUUUACCCUCGGAAUUAGCAACCUGUAAGGGUGGCUAUUUCCAGGGGGAUGCCUUUUUUAGUGUUUCGUUAUUUAUUUUCCGGAGUAAAAAGUUGUUUACUUUUUAGACAGCAGCUUUAAAAGUAACUCUGGUACAAAUGUAAAAUUAUUGGAAAAAAUUUUAUCGGCGUGAAUUUUCAGAGUAUGAUACUGAAGGGACUCUAGAUAUACUGUAAGUUACUUGUAUACUGAGAAGCACAAUUCAUUGAAAAAUGAACUUUCAGGUAAAACAGAUGUUUGUUUUUCACUUUAAGAUAGUACCGCGUCCUUCACAUUCGAGUACUUUUAAAUCUAACUUUCAAGUUUUAAAAUACAGGGAAAGCAAGAGAUUAAGGAUAGCUCCCAGUGAAGGUCCGGUGAAAGGAAUAAUAUUGGCCCUUUGUUGUCACCAUUGUUGCUCAUGGCCUCAGUACGUUGGUCGGCCAUUUCUUCAGAAUUUGGGUUUUACAGCAGAGGAUUUCCAUUUGUUGUGCUGUUUAAGUAGCUGGGCAACCUGUGGAAUAAGGGCUAAGAAACGUCAGAAAGGAAAUACUGGGGAAACUGUUGACGAUCACACAGGUAACAGUUUGUUUGUUGUUAGUAAGUAUUAUUUGAAUUCAAUUUAAAACUGUGAACUGGUCUGGUACUGGUUUGAUGUGCUGAGACGAGCAAGCGCUAUAAGCGCAGGGAAAAGUGAGUCCUGUGCUAAAGCGCGGGGCGCCUGUGUAAGGCUCCUAGGGCGGGAAAAAGUGUUCUGUGCUAAGGUGCCGAGCACCUGUGUUCGGCUUUAAGCGGGGGAAAAAUUAUUCUCUGCUAAAGCGCGAGAGCAUCUGUGCUUGACUCCAAGCGCGAAGAAAUUUGGUCUCUGCUAAAGCGCGCGUCACCUGUGUUCGGUUCUAAACGCAGUAAAAAAUUGUUCUAUGCUAAAGCGCGGAAACAGUGACCUGUGCUUGACUCCGAACUUCCUCCUGUACUAUUGCGCGGAAACCUGUGUUCGUUCCAAAUCGCGGAAAACAAUUUCCGUACUACCUAGGGUGGAAUUAUUGCGCAUGGCACUGGUGACAGAGAGAAAUCUGACCCCGGUAAUCCCUGAAUUACUAUAUGCGCUGAAAAACCAAAUAUCGCUGGCGUAAGGGCGGUAAUCGACUUUGAACUGAGAUAUUAAUCUUCCUCUCGGCUUUCAGUGCAGCAAGUGCUAUAAGAUGACAUUUGUGGGAAAAUCUUACGGAAACACUUCAAAUUAUCGAAAAACAGCCAAGAAUUACAAAGAAACAAACUGCGAAAACAUGGAGACCGAUAUAAACCUGCGAUGAAACUCACCAUAAUUGUACCACUUUCUGUCAGGUUCUUAGCGCUGUAGUGCGUAUGUUUAAAUCGCGAAACAGCUUCUGUAACUGAGUUAUCGUUAAUUGCUAAGUUUCAGGAGGUGAUAACGAAGACUGGGAUAGUGACAAUGAGAAUGGCCAUAAUACUAUGACAGAAAAGACUUCAGUUAAAGAGGAAGAGAGGAAUCAAAGCCCUGAUCAAGAUAGGUAUUGUUGUGUGUAAUUAAUUUAUGCGUUGUGCCUCUUUAUCAAGCCUAAUAGAAAAAGAGAGGUAGUGACGUCACAAAAACUAAAUUUAUGAAAUGAUGGGAUUGGUUGGCAUAUCCAAACAAGGUAAAAAAUGUUCACUUCCUAAAAAUCAGCCUGUUGGUGCAAAUUGGUAAGGAGAUAUGAGCGCCGUAAUGCUCCGAUGCUCUAUAUAAAUCCUUCUAAAAUAGCUCUAGAUGGUUAACGUUAUGAUCCAAGCCAAGUUUAGAAGGAUUUGUAUGGAGUCAUCAGAGCAAACUGGUGCUUAUAUCCACCCAACAAUUUUCACUAACGGGCUGAUUUUCAGCAAAGAGGCCUUUUUCAUCUUCUUAUUUCUGAAUAUGCUAACCAAUCUCAUAAUUUCACAAAUUUGAAUUUUUGUGACGUCACACUUCUUUUCUCUAUUUAGGGCCUGUUUACAUGGAGUGGGGGACCCCGGUCUAGUGGGGUUGGUUUCUUUUGUUUUCACGCUCUGGAGGACACAAAACAAAAGAAACCUACCCCACUAGACCGGGGUCCCCCACUUCAUGUAAACAGGGUCUAAGUUACGCUGAAUAGACUAGGGGCUCACACUAUUCGCAGCCUUCGAAUCAGACAGUCGAACUACGUGGUAUUUUUAGAUAGACCCGAAACAAAUCGAAAGAAAAAUAACUCCAAAUUUGUACCUGACUUUGACAAACCUUUGCGCGAUACUUGUAGCAAAAACAUUCGAGCUCUAAAGCUGCAUUUCAUUUUCAUUGCAGAUGGUCGCAAUUCACGGUAUCAGAAAGAGAAGAAAUAGGCCGACAGUGUAAGCGACUCAUAGAUGCUGGCAGGCUGUGGUAUCUUGAGUCACGUGACUUCAGCGCGAAGCUGGCUUUCUAUGUAGAUUCAACCGUGUCAUUAGAAAAUGCAGUUCUUAUUGCAACUCCAAGGACAUAACGUAACGAAACUCUUAAGCUGAGGUUUUCCAUUUUCUCGUAGUCAGAUUUUGAACUUAAUUCCUGACGUCACUAAGUGAUACCUUGUCUGCUACACAGCCGUUUUCAGUGUCGUCACGCAACGUUCCCCCCCACGGGACGACACCAAAAACGGCUGUGUAGCAGACUAAGUGAUGCCCAAUUCGCCGCGGCCAGGUCCCUAAGGGCUUUCAGCCUUACCAAUCGGCUUCACGUAAGACUAUUAUUGCUGUCAGAAACUGCAGGGUUGGCUAAAUAACUUAGCGCGUGGAAUAUGAAAAUCUAAUAAAGGCAGAAACAUAGCGACAAAC